AGAUAGUGAAGGCACGCGCAGACAAAGCCGCCCUUUCGCAAUGCUCGUUCUCGUUUAGAACGUCAUCGCGUCCCCGCGUCUCGUUAGUUCUCCAAGUAUUCGCGGGCGCGCGCCGCCGGCUCUAUUUUUACACUCGCCGGCUGUCACGUUGUUUCCUUUUUUCCCGUUCGGUUGCUCGGGAUGGGGAAAUCCUCGACCCAAUGGCGUCAGUCCGACGUCAGUCUCUGCUCGCUCGGUUUCCAUGCUGUCCAGGUAUAGCGGCGGCCAUAUUCACAGGGAGCCAACAGCUCCGGUUCGGCUGAGCGGUAGUGAGAAGCGACUCCGAGAGUUUUGCGAGGCCAACGCCUCCCUCCCCGCGCCGCCUCGGCACCCGGGCAGGAUCGAGAAGGGGCAAAGCAGCUGGACAUGCUCUGCACGAACCCACGCUGUCAUUUGACAAACUAGGAUGCCUUUUGCACAAAAUGGAGGUGCGCAUUGCUGGACGUGUGGGAGCUCUGCCUUGUCCUUCAUAGAAGUGAAACGCUGAAAAACAUUUAUUUUGGUAUUGGAAAAUGGAGAAACUCGUUGCUGGAGUGGACAAGGUCAAUGGGCAUCAGAUUGAAGAUGAACCCAUGGAAGAAGGGGAGUCUUUCUCUCACUGUGAAGAAGGCAUCAUUAAAGAAAUCCCCAUCACACACCAUGUCAAAGAAGGAUGUGAAAAAGCAGAUCCAUCCCAGUUUGAGCUACUUAAGGUUCUUGGUCAGGGAUCAUUUGGAAAGGUGUUCCUGGUUAGGAAGAUAAUGGGCCCAGAUGCAGGCCAGCUUUAUGCAAUGAAAGUAUUGAAGAAGGCAUCUUUAAAGGUGAGGGACAGAGUUCGAACAAAGAUGGAACGUGAUAUAUUAGUGGAAGUAAACCAUCCGUUUAUUGUAAAAUUGCACUAUGCCUUUCAAACUGAAGGGAAGCUAUACUUAAUUCUGGAUUUUCUCAGGGGUGGAGAUGUGUUUACUCGCUUAUCCAAAGAGGUUAUGUUUACAGAGGAGGAUGUGAAAUUCUACCUUGCAGAGCUGGCCCUCGCUUUGGAUCAUCUGCACAACCUUGGAAUCGUUUACAGGGACCUGAAGCCCGAAAACAUUUUGCUUGAUGAAGCAGGACAUAUCAAGUUAACAGACUUUGGGCUCAGUAAAGAAUCAGUAGAUCAGGAUAAGAAAACAUACUCAUUUUGUGGGACAGUGGAGUACAUGGCACCUGAAGUGGUUAACCGGAGAGGCCACACGCAGAGUGCAGAUUGGUGGUCACUUGGAGUUUUAAUGUUUGAAAUGCUUACUGGUACGCUGCCCUUUCAAGGGAAAGACAGAAAUGAGACCAUGAAUAUGAUUCUCAAAGCUAAAUUAGGUAUGCCACAGUUUCUUAGUGGUGAAGCUCAAAGUCUUCUUAGAAUGUUGUUCAAGAGAAAUCCUUCAAAUCGACUGGGGGCUGGCACUGAUGGAGUGGAAGAGAUCAAGAGGCACCCUUUCUUUUCAACAAUUGACUGGAAUAAACUGUAUCGGAGAGAAAUUCAGCCUCCUUUUAAACCAGCUUCUGGCAAACCAGAUGAUACUUUCUGUUUCGACCCUGAAUUUACAGCAAAGACUCCAAAAGAUUCACCAGGAGUUCCACCAAGUGCAAAUGCACAUCAGCUGUUUAAGGGAUUUAGCUUUGUGGCACCUGCAUCAUUAGAUGAAGGCAAAAACUCUCCUCUUAUGAAUAUAUUGCCAAUUGUUCAGCAGCUACAUGGGAGCAGUGCUCUGUUUUCCGAUAUAUAUGAGCCAAAAGAGGAUAUUGGAGUUGGUUCAUAUUCCAUCUGCAAACGAUGUAUUCAUCGAAUCAGCAACAUGGAAUUUGCUGUUAAGAUAAUUGACAAGAGUAAAAGAGACCCUUCAGAAGAAAUUGAGAUUUUAAUGCGUUAUGGUCAACAUCCAAACAUCAUCACAUUGAAAGAUGUGUAUGAUGAAGGACGGUUUGUAUAUCUGGUCACAGAGCUUAUGAAGGGUGGAGAGCUUCUGGAUAAAAUUUUACAACAGAAGUAUUUUUCUGAGCGUGAAGCUAGUGCUGUUCUCUACACAAUCACUAAAACUGUAGACUAUUUGCACUGUCAAGGGGUUGUUCAUCGGGAUCUUAAGCCAAGUAAUAUUCUAUAUAUGGACGAUUCUGGUAACCCCGAUUCAAUUAGAAUUUGUGAUUUUGGUUUUGCAAAGCAACUGCGGGGAGAAAAUGGGCUGCUUCUUACACCCUGCUAUACAGCUAACUUCGUUGCACCUGAGGUCCUCAUGAGACAGGGCUAUGAUGCUGCUUGUGAUAUCUGGAGUCUUGGUGUUCUGUUGUACACAAUGCUGGCAGGCUAUACACCUUUUGCCAAUGGACCUAAUGAUACCCCAGAAGAAAUUUUGCUAAGAAUUGGAAGUGGUAACUUUUCCUUAAGUGGAGGAAAUUGGGACUCUGUUUCUGAGGCUUCAAAGGACUUGUUGUCACAUAUGCUUCAUGUAGAUCCUCACCAGCGCUACACAGCUGAACAGGUGUUAAAACACUCGUGGAUAGCUUGCCGGGACCAACUGCCUCAUUACCAGCUCUGCCGGCAUGAAGCACCUCACCUAGUCAAGGGAGCAAUGGCUGCUACAUAUUCUGCACUGAACCACAAAACAUGCCAGCCAGUUCUAGAACCUGUGGCAGCCUCAAGUCUGGCGCAGCGCCGAAGCAUGAAAAAGCUGACAUCCACUGACUUGUAGUGAAAUCAAUUAUUUUUUACUAUUAAUUUAACUAUUUUUUCAGUGCAAAAAAACGCCACAAUCCCCCAGAUUCACUUUACCUCGGAAGCCUUCUCUUUCUGUAUAUUCAAAGCAAGUACCAAUGCAGUAUACUGGCAAAAAUAUGUGUGAAUUGGUGUUUUGCCCCUAAAGUAAUAAUAUUUAAAAUAUGUAAUAUUUAUGAUGAUAAUGAGGAUGAUUAUUUUGUACUAGACAAACAAGCAUUUCAUUAAAAGCUGAGAUAUUUAUGUCCUUUCUAAAGGAUGAACCAGCUUGUAAUGUUUAUACACUGUGAUUGGUCAGCAUGCAGCUGAUAAAUUCAGUUCAUAUUUAAGACAAAAAACUUACAAAGUUCUCAAAAAAGCUAUGAUAUGGCAUUCCAUGAAACCAAAGCGAAAGCUUGUAUUAAGCUUUACUAAACUUGAGUACACGUAACAUGAUGCCAAUGCACUUGGAACCCAGUAUCUGAAGAUUAUCAGGUGUUAAUCAUUCAAUGCUACUUCUCUAGCUAUUGGGAAUAUUAAAUAACUUAAGCAACCACACUACAUUUCCUGAUGUGGAGAUUAAACAUACUUUGUUUCACCGGUGCAUUGUUAGUGGAUUUUAUCUAUGUGAGUAAGAGAGAGAGAGAGAGAAAGAAAUAAAGAUGACUUAUUUAGUGUUGAUGCUAAUGAUGAAAGAUAAU